GUGACCUGCAGUCUAGUGGAUACGCUGCCCUGCAGAAGUGCUUCUGUGCCUCCACAUAUAUUAGUAAAUGCAGCAAAUAUCACAGGUAGCAUAAAUCUCUUGUGCAUAGGAUAUUAGACCAAAAAUGCAGCCUCUGGAGUAAUCUAAUUGCUUAGGGAAGUAGAGACUUUGGAACAAUAUGCUUUACACAUUUGAGCCUUGAAACUGUGUAUUAACUGCAAAAGUCCCCGUGAACCCAAAAAGCUCUGCUAGAGGCAGGAAACAGGUUUUCUUUUCCAUUGGGUAUAAAUAGUACUUUCCCCACAAUGCCCUAUUUUGAUUUCCUCAUCACAUUUAUUUCCUUCCCCCACCCGCUUUUCACACAAUAAACUUGGGGAAUCCUUUAAAUAAUUUUUUAAAAAAUCAUUUCCCAGUUAUAGUCUGGGAAUGUUGCAAUAGUAAUAGCUCUGGGAGAAAAGAGGGGCGAGGUCUGGCAAGGAAAAGUGUCAGUUCCUCUACUGCAGAUGAGGAAAUACGAAGAUAGAUGGAAUGACAUGCUCCACCCUUCAAUUCCCAAGAAACCCUGGGCUCCCUCCUCUAAUCCUGACGCAGGGUAGAGAGCUGGAUCCCAGAUUUUGUUUGCAUUUCCAAAAGACUUCAGCUCAUGGUGGCUCGAGAUACAGAAAGCUUGGGUUUCUUUCCACAGACUACAACACUGCACAGCACCUCCAGCACUCCUGGAUUUUGCAAACAAGCGAUCACCUUCUGGGAAUGUUACUCCUGCAAAUAAUCUUCGCUUGGGCUCUCUGCCACUGGGUGUAUGGCGUAGAGAGAGCUCAUCAUUCAACAGCAGCCUUUGUAGCAGAAUCUCAUGCCUUCGUUAUGACUCACCUGGCCUACUUCCCAAACGACAGUUCAGUGGAAAUGGUAGGUAAUGCCACUCUGGAUGGAAAACUUACCCACAGCGUGGAGUAUCAAAAUGAGCAAAUGAAUGCAAGCCAGUUGCUCCAGCUGGAAUCUUUAGAUCUCUGGGAGCAGAGGAAGAGUGCACUGCAACAUUACCUUGACCUUUUCAAGACAUUGGUCAACCUGUAUGCUCGCGAAAGGAAAAUACCAUACCCCCUACACAUGCAUUGUACUUUGGGGUGCCAGAUCUUUGGGAAUGGCACCAACAGAACCUUCUACGAGGUUUUAGUCAAUGGGACUGAUUUCCUGAGAUUCAAUGCAGCCAAUAAGAGCUGGGUACCUUUACAGAAAACUCCUGUGGCCAGCUAUACCAGUAUGCAGCUGAGCAAUUACAAUGAAACCAGUGCGGACCCAGCUUUCUUCCUGCAGGAAACUUGCAUCAAGAUUGUAACAGAGCACACUGCAGUGAAAGGAGCCUUUACAGGGAAACAUGAAAGACGUUCACACACUCCGCUGGUGGUAGGCAUCAGCCUUGGUGCCCUUGCUGUAAUGGCACUAGCUCUUUGCAUCUUCCUAUGCACAGGAGGGAAGAGAUAGCAUCUCAAGUAUUAUAUGGACCAGCAGCUCUGCAGAUGGGUUAGCCAAACACCACAGAAGAACAAUGAAGUUGGGAUGGGUGAAUCUGCCCAAUUCCGUUUCUCAUCUUUCCAAUUUUAAGUCCACUUCUCCACAUUUCCACAUCAAUCAGAAUUUUAUUUUAAGAGU